AUGGCAGAAGACAGGGAGAAUGAAGACCAUGAUCUGAAACGUCUCCAUGCCUACGUCUCCUCCAUCGUCACCGCCCUCGGUGGUAUCGACCAAGCGGACCCACAGCGGCGGUAUAUCCUCGGAGACGACGCACUUGGAUGUCUGAAAGAUUUGAAGAAGCUGUUGAGGCAGGAUGAGAGUUGGACGUGUGCGAGGAUUUUGACGGAUACGAAUGUGGUUAAUGGGGAUUUGUGUGAGAUUUUGGCGGCAUGGACGGAUGAGGAGGUGGAGAACAAGGCCAAGGCGCGGUAUGGUUUGGCUUGCGUCGAGCCAUUAACGCUGCUGACAUGGCCAUUAACCUUAUCAUCGCAAAGCCUACGCGCCGACCAACUCGAAAACGCGCCCGACAUUCAGCUCGCACAAUCCUCCUACAAACGUACAAUCCUCUCGCACCCAACACAUGGGGUAGCCGUUCUCCGGUCUAUUGUACGGGUUGCCCUGCCCGCUAUGGCGAUCUCUCGUCGUGAACGUACACCAAGAGACGAGACAGUGAUUCUAUUGGUGUUGCACCUGCUACGAAACCUGGCACAAAUCGACCAUGGAGACUCAGAGGGACGAAGUGGGUUGAUCAUGGCAUUCGAGAAAGCUAACGUGCUUGAUCUAUUGGUUGCAUUAGCAAGUGGAAUGGGCGAAGAGUUUGAGGAUCAGGAUGUUGCCGUGAUGGAGUGUAUAUACUACCUCGUUCAGGGAGUCCCGGCUGAGGUUCUUUUCGCGGCCGACAAGGAGGUAACGGCGAAAUCAUCGAAUGCGUUGGCGGAUCUACUGAAGAAGGAGGAUGUAAUGAAGAAGACACAGAAGCGACGUGCACCAACACGACACAAUCGUUUCGGAACACUCGUCAGUGUAGUUACCGCAGACAACAAGCGCCUUACCGUGGCUUCGCAGGACGCAGUUCAUGGCACGACAGAGAGGGGUCUCAAGAAGCUCGACACGGCCAAGAAGUGGAAGAAGACCGCGUUCAGGAGGAUUGUGGAUGAGGACAUAGACAAGCCUGUGACCAUCAUGCGGGAAGCUCGGGCGGUGCUGAGGAGGUUCGUGGAGGAGAUCCUGGAUUCGGGGUUCAAUCCAUUGUUUACGAGCGUUCGUCGUGCGAUGGAGAGGGAGAAGCAGAGAGUGCUCGAAGUUCACCGGAUCCACUUUCCAUAUCUCAUCGCCUACUUCCUUGAGGCUCUUCGAUGGCGUGGUACUGCCGCGGUGGAAGCAGCUGGAGGCAGGGAUGCGCCGGAGGUUGAUUAUGGCCUCGUCGCCGGAGUACUGGAUCAGCUUGGUUUGAUCAUGAUCAACAAGCUCAUGCGUGAGUCUUCUGAUCUCCGACAAUGGACGGGCUUGCAUGCCGCUAUGGACUCUUUUCAACAGAUCUUACUGACGAUUCAGAAUAUGGCUUAUUCGCCUAGUAUGGAAUACCAGGAAAUAGCAGAUAACAUGCAAAGCAACAUCUUCUACGAAGAGAGUACUAUGGACCUCGUGGUACACAUCUUGAAGAACUAUACAAACCAAUCAUUCGGGUAUAUGGAUACUGCGACGGGGUUGGCGAGUACGAUGUUGAAGAUGCUGGAACGGUAUUCCAAGUCGAAGGCGCAUAUCUACGUUCGAUCGUGGAAGAAGAAGCAGAAGAAGGCCCAGAAUACUACGACUGAGGCGGCGGAUGAUUCCGAGGAAGAGAACGAGGUGGACUACAAGAAGACGUACAGUGAGCGCGCAUUCGAAUUCGCUCGCUUCGAGGGUAAGUUUGCGAAUGAAGAUUGCAUCAACACAUUUAAGGCCCUACUUAACGAGUACGCCGAGUUGAAGCCUGACCAAAUCAAGAGGGCCGUUGCUUUCUUCCACAGAAUCUUCGUGAAGCGGCAGCAAGAGUCCUUGAUGUUCCGAUUGGACUUGUGUGAGCUCUUCAACAGGAUUGUUGAAGACAAGGUCGCGCUUGACGAGAAAGAUCCGGCGAGAAAGGAGCUUGAGCAGUUCGUCAAGUACUACACCAAGAAGUUGACAAGGAAACUUGCGGAACGCCCGUCGCUGUAUGUUGAGUUGUUGUUUACCAAGAUCCCGAAACAGCUGUACUACCUCGAUCAUGGCGAGGAAUUGGCACCCGUCGUGCGCGCCCCACGCGCACCGGCAGAGCUCGAAGUUCGUCCUGGAUUCGAUCAUGCCAAGGAUAUUUCCGUGCUUGUUGCGGCGUUAUUGGAUGAGGAGAAAGGUGAAGCCUUGGACUGGUGCAAGUCUUCGUUGAAAAGCGCUGCGUCGGAGAGGCAGGCGUGGGAAGCUGAGGCGAUCAUGAGAAGAGAACUGGAGGACGCCGAGAGAGGGGAAGAGUUGCAUGCGUCAUUACCUGAAGCACCCAUCAUCACUCUUAGCGUUGACGAAGAAAGUCAAGUCAAGAAGCUGUUGUUCAAAGAUGGUAAGCUGCACUUGUUGAUGGGCUUGAUUGGCUGCGAAAGGUUGGGGAUGAGCGGUGAUGUCAAUGCUGAGUGGGUGAUUCCCAGUGCCGUGACGAGUGAGGCCCUCGAGAGUGAUUUGACUUUGUUGAGGGAGUAUACAGACAACCCACCCACUUUCGACGACGGGAAAACUGCGAAGGAUUUCAUCCGUUAUAAGAGCAAGCGUGUUGAACAGGGUAACGAUUCCGAAGAGAGUGUCGAGGAGUCUGAUGACCCGGAAGCCGAAGGAGUUGACGCUAUGGGCUUUCCCUUGGCAGAGAAGGAGAAGGCAGCAAAGCCGAAGAAAAAGAAGCUUGUCUCCCGCAAACGCGAACACAAGGAACUCGACGACGAAGAACUCGAAGAACGCCGCGUCAAAAAGCGGAAGGCAGAAGACGAGAAAAUAGCCGCCGUCAAAUCCGCGCUCUACGUGGAGGACUCUGACGAAGACAUGGAUGAUGCCGAGUUCUUUGCGCGUGAGGCUGCGUUGCGGGAGAAGACUGCGAACGCUGCCACGGCGGCGAUCGUGCAUCAGCAACUCCAGCCGAACGUUAAGAAGAGUAAGGCGGCGGCGGAUGAUGCUAUUGAAAGGGCUAGGGCGACCAUUGCGAAAGCACUUGCAAAGGCGAACGCAAAGGAGGAUUUAAAUAGCGAGUCGGAUGGUGAGAGUUCAAGGAGCUCAUCGUCAUCCAGUGCGGAUGAGAUGGACCUUGACGAGGAUGCCGCGAGCAACAUAUCGAGAUCUUCACCGGCAAAGAGCCCGGCGAGCGUGAGGACAUAUGCGAGAAAGCCUACAGCCACCACUCUACCCGUACCAGACGACAGUGACGAUGACGAACCCACCUCGACUGAGAGGGCAGCGAAGCCGAAGGGUAGGAGGGUCAUGAUGGACAGCGAUGACGAGUAA